CGUAAUUUUGCAGGUGGUUCGCCUGGUGGAUCUGGAGGUAAUUUUUUAGGUGGAUCUUCUGGAGGUGCUAAUCUAGGACAUCAACAUUCAGCUACUGUUGCUGGUACUAGCCCGGGGGGCCUCGAACCACAACCGCCCGUCGGCAAUAGACCAAGAACAAGAACGCAGUCAGCGGCGACUUCACCGAUGCACACGGAGGACGGGCCUCCACCAAAUUUUGAUUUACGUGAUAAAGGACGUAACCAUGGAGACGGAGAUAACCUCGUGUCCGCGGCGGGGCCAAAUGUGGGACGUCCUUCUAUUUUGCGGCGACGAAAAAAAGUACUAUUGAUAACGUCAGAGAUGCGUAAAAAGUGGAAGCAAUUCCUUAAGCAGGAAGAGGCGACAAGGAUAGGUCAACGUAAAAGUGGUACAAAGCGGUCAAGGCGGAACACCGAUCCUGCUCAUAUGGGAGGUGCAGAUAACAAUAAGAAAAAAGAAAAAAGACGAAAGAGCAGAACUGCUAGUACUGUGGAAACAGCAGAUCCCACAGCUGGAGCUGCGCGAGACCCCCAUCAGUCGUAG